AGCUCCGUACGAACGCCUAAUCAUCUGUAUGCGAGCAACUCGCCCUCGAGCCUUGCGUUGGGCUUCUUCCUUCUGCCCAUCAUGGAAUCAACCACAUACAAGGGCGGCACGGCUGGGCAGCUGCCCAUUAUUCGGAAAUUAUGUCCCGGUCUCCGCGCGAACUCCGCAUCGAGCUUCUUCCAACAUUCGGAGCUUCUCGUCUUCUCAACAUAGGCGGUUCAUGCUAGAUACCGACUCCACCAUUUAUGCGCUAUCGACAGCACCUGGUAGGGCAGCAAUUGCAGUCGUGCGGAUCUCUGGUCCAGCAUGUGCUACAAUCUACAAAGCCGUAUGUCCAAACAAACCCCUCCCAAAACCACGCUUCGCGGCGCUACGCACCCUUUACGAUCCCUCGCACCCGCCCUCCCCAAGCACCGUCUUAGACGCCGGCGCACUGGUGCUCUACUUCCCCGGCCCGAAGACCGUUACCGGCGAAGACGUACUGGAACUACACAUCCAUGGCGGACCUGCUAUCGUCAAAGCAGUGCUAUCUGCCAUAGAACGCACUAAUAAAUCCGAUCUGAUUGUCCGAUACGCGGAGCCGGGCGAAUUUACCCGCCGCGCCUUCAUGAACGACCGCCUCGGCCUGCCGCAAAUCGAAGCCUUGGGCGAUACACUAUCUGCAGACACAGAGCAACAACGACGUCUUGCUGUGCGCGGGGCCAGCGAUGCUUUGUUAAAGCGGUACGAACACUGGCGCCAGACACUGCUGUAUGCGCGCGGCGAGUUGGAGGCGUUAAUUGAUUUCUCCGAGGAUCAGCAUUUCGACGAGUCGACCGAGGAACUUGUAACCUCUGUCGCGGGACAGGUGCGUGCGCUGGCGGUGCAGAUCGGAUUUCAUGUGCAGAAUGCUAGUAAAGGCGAGUUGAUGCGGAGUGGAAUCCGUGUUGCGCUUUUAGGCGCGCCGAAUGCCGGGAAGAGUUCGUUGUUGAAUCGUGUUGUUGGGAAGGAGGCGGCUAUUGUUAGUACGGAAGAGGGGACUACGCGUGACAUUGUGGAUGUGGGUGUUGAUCUUGGAGGGUGGUAUUGCAAACUAGGUGAUAUGGCUGGGAUUCGGGCCGAGAUUGGCGGGUCCGGGGCCGUGGUGAUUGGUGCUGUUGAGAAGGAAGGGAUUCGGAGAGCUAGGGAGAGGGCUCUUGAAUCUGAUGUGGUGGUUGUGGUUGUUUCGUUGGAGGACGUCGGUGGGGAUGUGAGGCUGUCUGUGGAACCUGAGGUCUUGGACGCCGUGAAUGACUGCGUCCAGGCUGGAAAAUGUCUCGUCGUUGCUGUCAACAAAUGCGACAAGUUACCUGCUGAGGAGAGGGGUGGAUGGCUACCACAAUCUCUGGCCAACACCAUUCACGGGGUCUUCCCUGACGUGCCUGCAGACCGGGUUUUUGCUAUAUCCUGCGAUGAAGCGCAGCGCGAGUCGCUGCCUUCUAUUGGAGAUCAAGAUUCAAGUCAGACAGAUCCGGGCAAUUUACAGGCAUUCUUACGCGGGCUCAUUUCGACGUUUGCGCAGAUAGCCUCGCCGCUAGGCACGGAUGGAGAUGAAAGUGGUCAAUAUGAUAGAUCCUAUUGGGAAGAUUCAUUGGGCGUCACACAUCGACAAAGCUCGAAUUUACAGAAAUGUCUCGAUCACCUGAAUGAUUUCUUGUCCCAGACCACCGCUGCAACCUCCAAUUCUCCCGAUUCGCCUGGAUAUGAUUCCCCCUUCGUCGAUGUUGAAAUCGACAUUGUGACUGCCGCCGAACACCUACGCUUCGCCGCCGACAUGCUAGCCAAGAUCACCGGCAAAGGCGAGAGCGGGGAUGUUGAAGAUGUGCUCGGCGUGGUAUUUGAGAAAUUCUGCGUCGGCAAGUGAUAUCGAUGUUCACGGUAUCCAUGUGUCGUGGGGAUACGAGAUCUCGUAUCCCGGGAAUUCGGAUGCGAAGGGCUCAUGGAGCCCUUGCAAAGUGGAGUGGCGAUGCUGUUUCAAGUCAACUCCCAGUCCCUGCUGGGUACUCGUGCUCGUGUCCAUUGUGCGCCGUAGAGGUGCCCUUGAGUGGAGUGUUAUGAAGAUGAUGCCCGUCACUGGACUUGUUGCCCUUGAAACAUGCGUUCAGUUGGUAAAGCGUUGCUCGUCCGACUCGUCCGCGUCGUUGGCUGGACCGUUGUAUCCACCGCGGCCCAUCGUGAAUGUGUUGGCGAUGUCUUGAGGUCUGAAUAGAGAAGACAAGGUGGAUUGGGAUUGAAGCAAUGGAUGACCAGAAGUCGUUGAUCAAUUCACAUAGACGACCAGAUCAAAUCUCGAUCAGUCAAAUGCGAUGAAAAUGUAUGAUAUAAUUUAAGUGGUCGAAGUAUGAAGUCAAGAGUAUAUCGUAAUGUAUAGAUGUUCUAAAUGGUGAAGUAGAAAAAAGA